UAUCAGAGAAUCAGCGCAAGAUUACAGCUCGCCUACCUGGGUGUUCCCCGCCACCUUCUGACGUCACAGUGCCGGGUAUAAAGGAGUGCCAUGAUGCUGCCGUGCCAUAGUGUGGUCAGUCCUCAGCCAGAAGAACAAGUGUCACUGCCUUAAAGUUGUCUUUGCUUUGAGUCUUUUAUAGAUCCGAAAAAAAAAAAUAAAAAUGAAUUCGAGAACGAGAAUGGCAGAGAAACUCACUCUGUUGUUGAUGGUUGUCGGAGGAACUUGGUCUCACGGACGCCUGAUGGAGCCUCCGUCGAGGGCUUCCGCGUGGAGGCUUGGCUUUGAAACCCCGAUCGACUACAACGACAACGAAGACUUUUGCGGCGGGUUCAGCCACCAAUAUUACGUGAACGAAGGGAAAUGCGGAAUCUGCGGCGACGCCUGGGAGCUGUCGCCUCGACCGCACGAACUGGGGGGACCCUACGCCACGGGGACCAUCGUCAGGCGCUACCAGGAGGGGGAGGUCAUCGAGGUCAUGGCUGACAUCACCAGCAACCAUCGCGGGCACUUCGAGGUCAGGAUAUGCCCCGCCCCUGACCCGGAGGCCACGCAGGACUGCCUUGACCUGUGAGUGUCCUUAGGAUGU